AUGAAUUGGUCAUUAAUUCUAUGUUUGGCCGGUUUUUUGGUCAUAGGAACAUCUGAAAUAUUUGAAAACGAACCUUUCCCAUCAAAUGAAGAGGACGAAAUCGACACGAACGUCCACAAAGAAAGCUUCCUGGCUGGCGGUGCAAACAGUCUCGACGAGCCACACGUCUUUGAUCAAGAUGAAGAUUCAGUAGAAGAAAGUACUCUUGUUGAAAAUCUCGCGGGUGAAUAUAACGAUGAAGUUCAUGAAAAUAUCGUUGGAGAAAGGUUUAGCGAGGGAGCAAUGAGCGACAGCGAUUUGAUUGUGAACAACCGCAUACCCCACGGCACGUUGGUACCCUACCAUUACGAUCUCUACAUCAGGCCCAACAUUCUAACAACACCUCCUUUCUAUGCUAAUGGCACAGUUAGAGUAUACUUCGAGUGCUUGCUGGAGACCAAUGUUCUACAUUUGAAUGUUUUUCAUAAACUAAUGACAGUGGACAAGAACACAAUAAUAUUCAUGCUCAGUCCGGAUAACACUGUGAUUGCUCCUGUUCCGGAAUUAUUUUCUAUAACGAGCCGUCCUGAGAUGGAUAUGCAAUCCUAUCAAACAAAACGACACUUCAUGAAGGGCGCCAAAUACAUCUUCCAAGCGGAGUACAGAACAACGAUGGGCAAGCAGGGGGAGGAUGGCUUCUACUGGGACAGCUACGUUGAUAACAAAGGAGUAACCAAGUACAUAGCAGCCACGCAGUUGGAGUCUGUGGACGCCCGCAAGUUGUUUCCCUGCAUGGAUGAGGUCGACAUGAAGGCCACAUUUGAUAUCUUCGUUCAGAUCCAGGCCAACAAGCACACGGCCCUCUCCAACAUGCCACCUGCUAGGAACGUUCUUCUACCGAGUGGAUGGACAGAGGUUCAAUUCAAGAGGACCCCUCUGAUGUCCACCUACCUGGUCUGCAUCAUCGUCGGCGAGUUUAUCAGGAAGCCCGUCAACACGCCACCUACUAUGAAGACGGCAAUAAACUUGUACGCAGUUGAAACUCAGCAGUACAGACUGGAGUUCAUGGCCAGGUUUGCUGUGGCACAGUUGCAGAAGUGGUACGACGACACCACCGGCUACCCGUACAGAGAACCAAAAUUGGAUCACGUAGCCCUCCCGAACAAAGGUGGAGCCAUGGAGAACUGGGGCAUCAUAACGUACGGCGAGGAACUUCUGUGCAUGGAUAACGAAACGACAUCAAUCGUCGGUCUGUUCAACGGGGUCACAAUUGUCUCUCACGAAUUGGCACACAUGUGGUAUGGAAACUUGUUAACAUGCAAGUGGUGGGAUGAUCUGUGGAUACAAGAAGGAUUCGCCACCCACUACAACUACAACCCCACUGAAGUCCUCGGAUGGGAUUGGAUGUUGACGCAACAGUCGGACCAGCGUCGUGGCAUUCAGAACUUCAUGAUCAAGGACCAGAAGAACACCACAGACCCAGUUCGAAAGACCAUCCUGACCCCACAGAACUCUGAAUCUGCCUUCACUUCCAGCACUUACAACAAGGGAGGUGCACUGAUCAGGAUGAUCCAAGGAAUUUUAUCGAGGCCUGUCAUGAACUCAGCCUACAGCAAAUAUUUGAAGAAAUACGCCUACACCAACGUCGUCACGAAGAAUCUGACCGAUGCCUUGGACGAGGAAGCUAAACUGUCCGGAAUAACCUAUCCCGACAAAAAACCUCUGAAGUUCCAAGUGAUCCUGGAUAGCUGGCUGAACAUACCCGGCUACCCCCUUCUCGAAUGCACCAGGCAGACCAACCAGGUUGAAAUCAGAGUGACGCCAUCACUGUACCUUCAUCCGCGCAAGCAGACGCCCAUCAGCAUCAAUAGGACUGAACAUCAGGUUGUUGAUAAUUUCAGUUACAGCUGGGAGAUCCCCAUGAGGCUGGUGACCAACCUGAGCCGGCCCAUCGAUUGGGACGGGGUGCCCUCGCACUGGAUCAUGACUGGUCAAACAGGCCUAACCAUCAGCUCAUCUCCGACUCAGUGGUUCAUUUUGAAUCCAAGACAGCACUUCUACUAUAGGGUCUUGUACGACGCCGUCAACAGGAACUUGCUGGUUGGACAACUUCUCGCCGAUUAUAAGAAAAUUCUGCCCGAGACCCGAUCGCAACUCAUUGACGACAACUUUGAUCUGGCCAGGAACGGCUACUUAUUAGUGACGGAUGCCAUGGAGUUUACGAAGUACCUGAGCACUGAGCUGGUGUACAAUCCAUGGGAGGCCACUUUGAGACACGCUCACUUUAUCCAACCUUUCUUCAAGAAGGAUUUGUCUUAUGCUAAGUUCAUGGAGUAUUUUAGUUCCAAACUGGAGAAAGUGUUGGAUGAGUUGAGGUAUGAGUUCCCCGAGCAGGAGACAGUCCUAACAACAUUCUUGAGAAAAGAUGCCAUCUCAUCUGCAUGUGCAUUUGCCAACCAGAAGUGCCUGCUCUACUCCAGAGAUCAAUUCAAAAAGUACCUCGCAUCUCCAAAUAUCAACACAAUCAAUGCCAAUGCUCUGCCCACGGUCCUAUGCCAAGGAAUCUUUGAUGGAACCUCAAAUGAUUGGGAGGUGAUAUGGAACCAGUACAACAAGAGAAAAGUGGUGAACGUGAAAGACGAAAGAAACGCCUACCUCUUCGGCCUCACCUGCACCUCCAACCCUGCUCUCGUAGACAGAUUUUUCAACGAUUUGGUGAUGAAUAAAACGUUCCGUUCGCGAGAUGUCAGUCAAGCCACAUUGUACCUGGCCGCCAACGAACGUGGGGCACAGAAACUCUUCGACUACUUGGACAAGAGCUGGGAGGACAAAAGUGUAAUCAUUCCCAAGACCUCAACAAUUACAGCAAUAACAAACAGCUGGUACACGAACGAUCAACUGAAUAGGUUAAAAGUUUUCAUCCUGAAUAGAAAGAAUCUGUCGAACAAUGAGAAGCAGCAACUGAUCCAAGCAGUCUUACAAGUUGAACUCAAUAGGGACUUCUACGCCAAAAAUUCUGCACCACUUGACAAAUGGUUGAAGGAUAACGUCAAGCCGAAAAGCAGGUCCACCAUAGAGUACAUGAGGAAAGGAGUCGAUGAGUCAGCAGGAACGAAACUGAAGAACAUGCAGAGGAGAGUUUUUUCGGUGGGAGGAGCUGUUCACAAUUAUUGGAAUCUUUUGCAGGAAUCUUACUACGCUGAGAAAAUCGGCAGGAUUUAUCGGGAAUAAAUAAAUAGGUACAACACUACAUGUUGGUAAUGUCACAAUUGGGAAUUCCCAAUUGAAAAAUCACUUUUACUCGGUGAUUAUAGACAUAUCUAUUUUUAAACAUGCAAAUGAACAUAUAAUUGAUUAAUAGAAUUGAUAAUCAACAAAAUUAAAUUUAUUAAUAUUCAAAGUUGAAACAGAUUUUAUUUUAAAUUGAAUUAAAUGUUUAUUGAACUUUUUCUAAAUUAAGCAAAAAAAUCUUUUCAAUAAAUGUGUGAUCAUUUAA